AUGGAACAAAGGAACAACGUGACUGAGUUUGUUCUCUUAGGGAUCACUCAGAGCCUACAGGGUCAGAAAAUAUUACUUGCUGUGUUCUUGAUAAUCUACAUGCUGUCAAUGGCAGGCAACCUACUCAUUGUCCUGACUGUGGUGCUCAGCCCAGCCUUGGAUGCCCCAAUGUUCUUCUUUCUUGGCUACUUAUCACUUAUGGAUGCCAUUUACUCCAGUACAAUUACCCCAAAGCUAAUUAAAGACUUACUCUGUGAGAAGAGAACUAUUUCCUUCAAAGCUUGCAUGACACAACUAUUUUUAGAACACUUAUUUGGGGGUGUUGAUGUAAUACUCCUGGUUGUCAUGGCCUACGACCGCUAUGUGGCCAUCUUCAAAUCCUUGCAUUAUAUGACCAUCAUGAACCAACAGCGGUGUGCUAUACUCGUGCUCCUGACCUGGGUUGGGGGUCUUCUGCAUGCUACCCCGCAUGUACUUUUUGUUUACAACCUUCCUUUCUGUGGCCCCAAUGUCAUUGACCACUUUGGCUGUGACAUGUACCCCUUAAUAAAGCUCGCCUGCACGGACACUUAUGUAGUCAGCCUCACUGUACUAGCCAAUGAUGGGGUGAUCUCUGUGACAGUCUUUACAAUCUUGUUGGUCUCCUAUGGGGUCAUUCUGCAAUCCGUGAAGAACCUGAGUAAGGAAGCGAGGCGCAAGGCCUUAUCCACCUGUGGCUUCCACAUCACAGUGGUCAUCCUUUUCUUUGUGCCUUGCAUUUUUAUAUACGUGAGACCUCCAUCUACAUUACCCAUUGAUAAAUACUUGACUGUGUUUUACACCGUAAUUACCCCUAUGUUGAGCCCCCUGAUCUAUACUUUGAGAAAUCUAGAGAUGAAAAGUGCCAUAAGGAAGAUCUGGACAAGGAAAGUUUCAGUAGACACUAUCCGUUUAUUUGCGGUAAUUAAUGCUCUCAACUUAUGA